UAGCCCCGCCCCGUUGCGGGGGGAAGAUGGCGGCGGCGCGGGCUGGCGGGAGCGCGGCGUUGCGGCGGCUGCGGCGGGGCGGCGGCGGGGCCCCCGGCGGAGCGCGGGGGUACUCGAGGGAUACGGAGGGCAGCUGGUUCCGCUCCCUCUUCGUGCACAAAGUGGAUCCCCGCAAGGAUGCCCAUUCCAACCUCCUCUCCAAAAAGGAGACCAGCAACCUCUACAAGAUCCAGUUUCACAGCGUGAAGCCGGAGUGCCUGGAUACCUACAACAGCCUGACAGAGGAGGUGCUGCCCAAGCUCCACUCAGACGCCGACUAUCCCUGUGACCUGGUGGGGAACUGGAACACGUGGUACGGCGAGCAGGACCAGGCAGUGCACCUCUGGCGCUUCUCGGGCGGGUACCCGGCCCUCAUGGACUGCAUGAACAAGCUCAAGCAGAAUAAGGAGUACCUGGACUUCCGCAAGGAGAGGAGCCGGAUGCUGCUGUCCCGCAGGAACCAGCUGCUCUUGGAGUUCAGCUUCUGGAACGAGCCCCUGCCCCGCCAGGGACCCAACAUCUACGAGCUGAGGACCUACAAGCUGAAGCCAGGGACCAUGAUUGAAUGGGGCAACAACUGGCAACUCCCCCCUCCGUGUUUCUCCCGCUGCAUGCCAGGGCUCGGGCUAUUAAGUACCGGCAGGAGAACCAGGAGGCAGUUGGUGGGUUCUUCUCCCAGAUCGGGGAGCUGUAUGUCGUGCACCACCUCUGGGCCUACAAGGACCUGCAGUCCCGAGAGGAGACGAGGAACGCGGCCUGGAGGAAACGGGGCUGGGACGAGAACGUGUACUACACGGUCCCGCUGAUCCGGACCAUGGAGUCGCGGAUAAUGAUUCCCCUGAAGAUCUCGCCCCUGCAGUGAGCGGAGCUCUGCGCCGGGGCGUCUGCCUGUGCUUGGAGGGGCUCGCUCCCUGCCUGCACCCCAGCCCUGCUGGGGGGUGGGGGGAGGGUAUCUGCUCCCCCAUAGCUCCCAGCUUUCCUUCCCCCCACCCCCCUCCACCCCAUUUUGGGGUGCCCUGUGGGGGAUGACAGCGGGGAGGGGUGUGCAGCUGGGGAGGGGAAGGGUGGGAGCCCAGUAUCCUCCUGCAGGUCCCCAGGCAUGACAGGGGAUGAAGCUGCCCCCGGGGGGGCUGAGCAGGCUGCAGAGGUUGGGGGGGUGUAUGUGUCUUAAUUAUUCCUGAUGGGCCCCAUGGGUGCCUUUCCCGCCGGGAGCCUGCCUGACUGCAGGACAUCGCCAAUUAAAUAUUUAAUAUGCCAA